AUGGCUAGUCAAGCAUUAGCUGCCAGUGGAGAGGAAGCUAAUGAUAGCCGUGCUACACAAAACAGCGGUGAAGAUGCCUUCUCCAUGUCACUUCUCAUGGCUGAACUGGCUAAACACCAAGCCAACAUGCACGCCUUGAUCCAGGAAUCGAUUAAACCGCUUCAAGCCUCGGUGGACUCUCUGAACAAGAAUGUUAAGGCUUUUCACACGCGCCUCGCAUCAACUGAGGUACGUGUGGGAGAAAACUUUGAAAAACUAAUUGAAGUGGACAACCAAAUCCACUCUUUGGAGAAAUAUAACAGCGCCCUUCUGAACAAGGUUGAAGACCUGGAAAACCGGUCGCGAAGAGCAAAUCUGCGUGUACUUAACAUUCCUGAGAAAAGUGAGGAUGGUAAAGGCAACAUAGUUUUUCUCUCUGAUUUGCAAAAAGACGCCAUGGGACCAGACAUAUUCCCAUCACCACCCGAACUAGAGAGGGCACACCGCAUAGGACCAAUCACCGGAAAAUUCACUAGGCCAUUCAUCACCUGCUUUCAUCAUUACCGGGACAAGGAAGCGGUGCUGCGAUGGAGCAGACAGAAUCAGAUGAAGUUUGGGGGCAAUGUAUUACGAGUCUACCCGGACCUGAGUGCUGCUCUAGUGAAAAAACGAGCUGAGUUUAAACCUAUCAAAGCACUACUCUAUGCAAAGGGGGUGCAGUUCCGUUUGCUAUACCCAGCUCAGCUGAAGAUUGUGCAUAACGGAGAGAGCCGCACGAUCAGCUCCAGUGAAGACGCUACUGUUUACUACAAGCAGUUCAUAGCCUCUGGCUGA